UCGUAGAAGCCGAACCGGUGGGUGAGAUCAUCUGGGAUCAACUCCGGGGGCGCGGACCGCAGGCCAACUUUAUUUUGGAAAGCGACGGACGUGAUAGGGUGAACGCAACCACUCGACUGGGAAUGGCCGGGAGAAGGAUUAACCGUGACACCAUUAUGGAGGAGGUCGCUAGAAGCUCCGAACCCCAGGCAAAGCCUGAGGCCGAGGAACCAGAGAAAGUCUAUGGGAAGCCUAGGGAAGAGGAGCCUGAAGACAAGGCUACCGCCGCCAAGAAGAAGUUUAGGUAUCCAAUCCCGAUCUUGACCUUGCUUGAGCUCGACGACACUAUUAGCAAGCUACUAGGAACCAUGGUGUCGGUGUCUUUUCAGACCAUGCUGCAAGCUAGCCCUAGGUUGCUCAAGGGGCUCAAACAACUGUUGACUCGGAGGCGAGUAGAAAUAGGCGACAACCCCGAAUUACCAGAAGGGGAGAGGGAGGAGGAAGCUCCGCAAGAAGUGGCUAACCUUCAGAGGAGUCACGGGGACUUGGAGGAUCUCGAAAGGGUCUUUGCAGACAUUCGUUUGAACUUGCCCGACCGAGAGGGCGGCGAAGUUACGAGAUCACCACCCGGGACGAAGCUUAGCUUUCAUGCGCUACCCGUAGGGAAAUUGAAAAUCCAGAUCGGGAGUCAUCACACCGACGCAUUAGUAGACGGGGGAGCAGAAAUCACUCUCAUAAGGAGAGACUUCGCAACGAUCACGGGAUGUACGGUAAACAAGGAAGUAACAGGGAGCAUCCGGGGAGCUGGCGGGGAAAUCCCGUUCGCUGGGUACGUCAUGAAGUGUGUUGUGAAGGCAGGGGUCAGGGAAUCGAUCUGGUCGUUUCAGCGGAUGAUCGUAAUGGAGGAAAUGGACCACGACAUAAUCCUCGGGAGACCGUGGUGCGCGAACGUAGAGAUGAUAGGCAUGCACUUGCACGAUGGCUCGUACAUGGUAGACAUAGAGGACCCUGUGACCGACCGGGGAGAGCUCCUUCGACUCCUUGGAACGGGAGGAGACCCCCCAAAGGGAAAAUUGGCAACAUGGUCGCCGUCAUUCGAGGAUAGCACGCGAAAAGGGGCUUUCGCACGGAUGGAGGUUGUCUUGUCGCAAACAGAGAAAUUGAAGAAAUGGAAUAAGGAGUACACUUCAGAAUUUACUACCAUUACGCAGAUAGCAAAGGGGAAGGCGCCACUGGUGACAGAGUCGGCCAAAACAACACGUAGAACACUGAGAAACAUCCGACCACUUAUUGCUGCCAGGUAUGUGGUGAAAGUACAGGAAUGGCAGAUCGCCACGGAUGUUUCUUUCAAAAUCCCUCACCUUGUGGAAGGAUCGAAUGUCAUCAAAGCUCUCAGAGAUAAGGUAACAACGGAGACCCCGAUGGGUGUUUUUGAAACUGUCCCCCUGGAAGAGGGACAGACAGACCCCAUCAUUCAAGAAGAUUCAAAAAGUUCGCAGAAGCGAAUGGGGGACGUGGGAAGAAAUUCCCCGAGGGCCUUCUCACCCCUAAUUGUUAAGAUGGCGGUGGAAGUGCAGCUGCGGUCCGGAAUGAUAUGGAAACCUUGGAGAACGGUAACUAAAGUUCCCUACAGCAUUUUAGCAGACAUAGGCAUAUCAGCUGAGCUGGCGGCAGCAGUAGUUGCACACAUAGUCUCAAGAGGGCUGCUAGAGGGGGACGAGGAGCUGGACGCAAGGGCAUAUGCCACUGACUGGGAAAGAUUCUACAGGAGUGAUGCCUCGGAUAACGACUGUAACUCGUGGGACGGGGACGAUGAAAGAGAAAAUUUGGAUCUGAGCCCCGAAUUGGAGAAGGACAAGAGCGGGAACGAAGGGCUGGAUGGGCCGGAUGUCUCAGGAACGGUAUCACCUUCCCUAUCAGGGGAUAACGGGCCGAAGACCUAUCAGAGGGGGACCGGUGAGGGUAUGGAUACGGAAGGGACCCCUCCUCCCUAGAGGCCUUGUCACCAACCCAAUUCCCUAGCCCUGUGCAGUUGCAGCCAUGGAGAGCUAUAGGGUAAGAGCUAACGAGGGAGGGGAACGAAUUGACUGGAGGAAUCAAGGGUUAGUCAUCAGAAGUUGGAACGUCAACGGACUCGGGAACAUAGUGGACGAAGAAGAAAAAUUGAAUGAUCUAAUAAAAGGCUUGGGAGUCA